GACCCCCGGGUUCACAAGGGAACAAAUAGUAAUAAUAAUAAUAAUAGUAGUAGUAAGAGUACUAAUAAUACCACUUGGAAAAAUGAACGGUGUACGUGAAGAUAAACCUGAAGUUGGUCGUCUAAAGGUCAAGCAGCCGUUCAGGUGUCCUCAAGCCGGGUGUGGGGCGACUUUCUCCAAGCAACGAAGGCGACAGGAGCACGAGGCCACCCACGCCGGAAAUCAUCCAUGGCGGUGCACCGUGGGCGGCUGCAAUGGUCGCUUCUCCCGGAAGUCUCGUCUCAGCCGCCACGUGAGGCAACACGAUGGCGUCAAACUGUUCAAGUGCGAGUUUGCCACUUGCACCAAGAGUUUCUUCCAGGCCGACAAGCUGAAGAGACACACUUGCUACGCCCACGGCGACAAAGAAAAGUACUUCAAGUGCACAGAGGCUGGAUGCUCCUCGACCUUCAAGAAGAGAUGUCGCUUCAAGGAGCACCUGCAACAGCACGGCCUUGUCGCAAAAUUCAAGUGUUCAAAGGAGGAAUGCGGCGCGGUGUUUGAUUCCAGAGUGGCCCGUCGAGCCCACGAGAAGCAGCACGCAGGUUAUCGCUGUCUGGUUGCAAACUGCCCAUUGGUUGCCUCCGUUUGGAGCAUGCUUAAGAAGCACAUGGUCACACAUUCAUCAACAUUUACAUGCCAAGCCUGCAAAAAGGUGUUCAAGCGGGCCGACUCACUGCGCCGUCACAAGCGGGCGCACGCCUUGCACAAGCCGGUGCUGGUGUGCCCGCGUGACGACUGCCAGGCCUACUUCUCCACCACCUUCAACCUGCAGCACCACAUCCGCAAGGUUCACCUGGAGCUCUUCAAGUACAAGUGCUCCUUCCCAGACUGCCCGCGCACCUUCGCCAUGCGGGAGAGCAUGCUCAGACAUCUGCUUCAUCAUGACCCCAGCGUAAUAAGACAGAAGGACCACCCACGUCUCAGGAAAUCGUGGCAGAAGCGCUUGGACGGCCAAAGGCUCCCCCUGGUGGAGGACAACCUGAACCGCCUGUUUGCGCUGCGCAUGCGCAUCUCCCGCCGAGCCAAGCUGGAGGUGAACCUGGCGGGGCUGUUCAACGAGCGCAAGAUCCCGCACUACGUCGACCCGGAGGUCAACCUGCGCGAGCUGUUCAGCAUCAAGAAGCCGGCGGUCACCGGCGAGGCGGUGCCGUUGCAGGGCUAAGUUGAAGCGGACAUUUCUAGGGUGGAAUUUGGCUCUUUGUUUAAUUCAAUGUAAACGACAAUUUAAUUUAGUGGAUAACUUUAGUUGUCAAGAAUGAAACCUUUUGUUUGAAAUGUACAGUGAGACGAAAAUGAGUUGCGUUUUUGCUCGGAAGUGCUUAAGUUUCAAAUUGUCAACACUCGCCUAUUAAAUAUGAAUAAAGUGCACAUGACUAAG